UGGACCGGAAGCGACUUGAGUAUUCGGUCAGUUCACCACGCCUGACACGCCCACUCCUCCCACCGCUUCCCUCUCCUGUGCAGGCAUCACCGACCCCGACCCACCCCGAUCAACGCAACCUGUUCGCCGCCCCGUCCGCCGCGCGAAGCCAAGCCGCCGCCGGCGAAGCAGCGAGCAUGCACCACGACCCCAACCCUUUCGACGAGGGCGCCGACGACAACCCCUUCUCCAAUGGAGGCGGUGGAGGAGGACGUGGCAAGUCGCAGUUCGCGUUCCGGCCGGCGGAGACGGUCGGGUUCGGCGGCGGCAGGGGCGAUGCGACCGUCGAUACCCCCCUCGAAAACAUGAGCGAUUCGAAGGGCAAGGCGAAGGAGCUGUCGCAAUGGGAUUCAGAUCUCAAGAGGCGAGAGGCGGAUAUCAGGAGGAGGGAGGAAGCUCUCAAGAGUGCUGGGGUGCCCAUGGAGGACAAAAACUGGCCGCCGUUCUUCCCGAUCAUCCACCAUGACAUUGCCAACGAGAUACCAGCAAACGCACAGAAGUUACAGUAUCUUGCGUUUGCGAGCUGGCUUGGCAUUGUGCUUUGUCUCUUCUGGAAUUUUAUUGCUGUCAUAGUCUGUUGGAUCAGAGGGGGAGACUCCAAACUUUUUUUCCUGGCUACCAUCUAUGGUAUGCUUGGCAUCCCUUUGUCCUACUUGAUGUGGUAUAGGCCUCUAUACCGUGCAAUGAGAACUGACAGUGCUUUCAGCUUUGGAUGGUUUUUCCUUUGUUACCUUAUCCACAUUGGCUUUUGCAUACUUGCUGCCAUCGCUCCACCAAUUGUAUUCCGUGGAAAAUCAUUAACGGGUAUACUGGCUGCAAUUGACACCUUCUCUGAUCAUGCGAUAGUUGGAAUCUUUUACUUUGUUGGAUUUGCCUUGUUUUGCUUGGAGACACUUGUGAGCAUUUUGGUUCUUCAGAAAGUAUACAUGUACUUCAGAGGGCACAAGUGAAGUACGCCAUGGAAGAAACUUACAGAAGUCUGCCAGUACCAUCUGGUUGCGCUGCGACUCUGCAUACAUAUCAGUCAUGUCAGUCUUUGUAUGUUAUGACAGUGUACUUUUUUCCUUCAGAUUGUAUGGUGGAUGUCUGUUGUUUCUCUGGACCAUUAUAUUGUAGUGUCGUUUCUCUGGACCGGUCUGUUGUUUGAAGCCUCAAUUCUUUACAGAUACAAAUUGCA